GGCUAGUCACUGCUGACCUCAAGUCUCAACCAUGAAGGUCCUCCUCGCUCUGUGUGUCCUGGGAGCCGCCUCCGCCGCUCCCAAGAAAUCCAACUAUAAGUCUAAGGAGGCCGCGCCCUCCAUGUAUACUGCUGGGGAGCCCUCCAUGUAUACCGACGGGAAGCCCUCUACUGCCGCAGAGCCCUCCAGGUAUUCAGCUGGAAAUCCCUCCAUGUAUACUAACGGGAAGCCCUCUACCGCCGCAGAGCCCUCCAUGUAUACCGCCGGGGAGUCCUCCAUGUAUUCAGCUGGAAAUCCCUCCAUGUAUUCAGCUGGAAAUCCCUCCAUGUAUACCGACGGGAAGCCCUCUACCGCCGCAGAGUCCUCCAUGUAUACCGCCGGGGAGUCCUCCAUGUAUUCAGCUGGAAAUCCCUCCAUGUAUUCAGCUGGAAAUCCCUCCAUGUAUUCAGCUGGAAAUCCCUCCAUGUAUACCGACGGGAAGCCCUCUACCGCCGCAGAGCCCUCCAUGUAUACCGCCGGGGAGUCCUCCAUGUAUUCAGCUGGAAAUCCCUCCAUGUAUUCAGCUGGAAAUCCCUCCAUGUAUACCGACGGGAAGCCCUCUACCGCCGAAGAGCCCUCCAAGUAUACUGCCGGGAAUCCCUCCAUGUAUACCGCCGAGAAGCCCUCUACCGCCGAAGAGCCCUCCAAGUAUACUGCCGGAAAUCCCUCCAUGUAUACCGCCGGGAAUCCCUCCAUGUAUACCGCCGGGGAGCCUUCCAUGUAUACUGCUGUAAAGCCCUCCACCGCCGCAGAUCCCUCCAUGUAUACCGCCGGGAAUCCCUCCAUGUAUGCUGCUAAAGCUGAGCUUUCCAUGUAUGCCGGCGCUGAGUCCUCUAUGUAUAAAAAGACUGAGCCCUCCAUGUAUCAAACAGCCGAACCCUCCAUGUAUGCCGGCGCAGAGUCCCCCAUGUAUGCAGGUGCCGAGCCCUCCAUGUAUCAAAAGGCCGAGCCCUCCAUGUAUCGUAAACCCGGCACUGUGCCCUACAUGUACAAGCCCACUAACACAAAAGCUGUGAAGGCCGGUUACAUGGCCAAGACUCCAGGUGCCACACACAUCGCUCCUCUCCCUGCCGGUCUGGGUUACGCCUCCCACCAUAUCAACGACGCUCCCGCCCCUGGCACCCAGUAAGGCCCUGCUACCAGCAGGCCCUGACACUCUCGCUCCAGCAGACCCAGACGACCCUUGCAGCAGCAGGACCUGACGACCCUUGCACCAGCAGGACCUGACGACCCUUGCACCAGCAGGACCUGACGAUCCUUGCACCAGCAGGACCUGACGAUCCUUGCACCAGCAGGACCUGACGAUCCUUGCACCAGCAGGACCUGACGACCCUUGCACCAGCAGGACCUGACGAUCCUUGCACCAGCAGGACUUGACGAUCCUUGCCCCAGCAGGACCUGACGACCCUUGCACCAGCAGGACCUGACGACACACAUUCCAGCAAGCGACUGGUUACUGGGAUGUGCUACUUCAAUGGAAGCACAAUAGCGUGGAACUAUCGAGUCUUAAGUAUUCCUGCACUGAGCGUCUGCUGGACCCAGCAGGCCAGCUCGUCAUAGACAUCUUUCUUGGCUAGUCACCUGAAACUAAUCUGGAUGAUAAUAGAUUUUUAUCCAGAAAUUCAGAUUAAUUUUUGUCUCUGCUAAAAUUGAUGUCAUGGAAUGAGAGUGAUUCUUAAUACAUGUAAUCAUUUUACCAGUAAAUCUGCUUUAUUUCAA